AGAUGGAAAAAGUUGUUAAAGGCAAACUAUUGGUGAAUGACAUCAAAAAGCUUUCCCCAGCCGAACAAACAUCAGCACUUGAAUCCUAUCACAAUGUUGUGUGUCACUUUGCACCAUAAGCAUUGCAUUUCUUCUAUGCUCCAAUGAAGGCUAGGCUGUAUAUUGCUGCCCUACACUUUAACGAGAACUCCUAUCGGGAUCAAGCUGUAAACAAAAAUGGGGAGCCGAUAUACUCGAUAUCAUAUCCAAAAGGCAGAAAAGGUGCUGGUAUUCCAAAGGAAGUGAAAGUUCAGCAAACUUACAAUUAUGUACUAGUCUUGAUGGAAGAAGUGGUCAAAGUGAGACUUGAGUUGGGUUCCUACCGAAAUUCCAGGAGUAAUCGGGAGGCUGCCAUGAGGAAUUACCCAGCUCCAAUAGCAGACUCCUAUCCACACGUUCCAAAGACUGAGCUUGUUGAACGCCACAUCUGUCGUUUUAACAAAAAGUGAAGAUUAUCAAUAAACUGAAAUGAAUAUAAUUGUAAUCUAAUGUUCUAAUCUUUAUUAAAAUCAUGACA